AUAUAGAUAGUAGCAUUGAAUUAUGGACUAUGGAUAUUUAUUAUUGCUAUUAUUGGACAGCAUAACAGUUGAAAAGGUAGCAUGUUUGUUUAAUGAAUGAAAAAAGCUGAAAUCGGUACUGUCCCCUUCUCUCUUACUUUAGCUUUUCAUUUCAAAAAGCCAUUCUUUCUUUCUUUCUUAACUCACCUCACAUCACCAAACUCCACAUGUAUACACCCACAAGCAAACAAUCCCUUAACCAAACACCCUUACCAAACCCCACUUUCUUUCCUUCUUUAUCUAACUUCUAAUCUCAUACAUAAUCCUCUUAAUAAAACCCAAAAACACUUUCUCAUGUCAUAUCAUACCCCUAUUAAUUUCAUGGCCAAUUCAUGUACCUCGUCAUCGUCAAAUUGCAAUCCAACUUCCUCCACCACCACCACCACUGCCAUCAAACGCCAAAAGCACCACCACAACCACAACCCUCACCCUCCUCUCAUACCAGGUCUCCCUGACCACAUAGCUCAACUAUGUCUCUCUUCAAUCAACCCUUCUCUUCUCUUCAAAGUAUGUCACUCAUGGCGUAGACUCAUAUAUUCCCCUUCUUUCCCUCCUUUCCUUUCUCUCUACGCAAUUCUCUCUCCACCAAAAUCACACCAUUUCAACUCAAUUCAAUUACACAACUUCGACCCAAUAUCAAACACCUGGCACACACUCCCUCCACCACCACAACCACUCCACCACAUCCUCCUCCACCACCCUUCCUUCCUCUCCCGCAAUCUCUCCGUCCAAUCAACCACCGUCUCCGACAAUCUCAUCCUCCUCGCCGCCACCACCCACAACCUCUCCCCGGCACUCUCCCAACCUUUAAUUUUCAAUCCAUCAGAGGGCUGGUCGUUCGGACCAGCUCUCUCCACACCACGCCGCUGGUGUGCUCUUGGCACAUCAAACAACGUGGUCUACGUGGCAAGUGGUAUCGGGUCCCACUUUUUCAUCGAAGUAGCUAAGUCGAUGGAAAAGUGGGACCUGAGUAAAAACAACUGGGAGUCAAAAACGGAGAUGAAGGACGGAAGGUUUAGUAGAGAAGCGGUGGAUGCUGUUGGAUGGAGAGGGAAGCUUUGUAUGGUGAACGUGAAAGGCGAUGCGGCGAAGGAAGGAAUUGUUUAUGACGUUGAAGAGGACACAUGGAAGGAGAUGCCGGAGGGGAUGUUGUUAGGGUUUAGAGGACCGGUAGCAGCGAUGGAGGAGGAAGUGAUGUAUGUGGUGGAUGAAGCUAAGGGUAUUUUGAGUAGAUAUAACUGUGAAGAUGAUGUUUGGGAAGAGAUUUUGGAGUCUCCGAGAUUCAAAGGAGCUGAACAAAUCGUUGCGAAACGAGGGAAAAUUUGUGUGGUUUCUGUUGCUGGGAUAUCCGUGGUUGAUGUAGAGGUGGCGCCGCCGAGGAUUUCAGUGGUUGAGUUGCCGGAAGGGUUUGAAGCGGUGGCUGUUCAUAUUUUACCGAGGAUGCCGGUAACUGAUUUUUCUGUUCAAAGUUGAGUUCAGUUAGUUUUAUUUUUUUUUUAAAGAAAAUAUAAUUAAAAUUGAAGGAUAAAAAUCUAACAUUUUUUGUGAAAAGAAAAAAAGUAUUUUUUAGUUGUACUUGAGUUGGAAUAGUGAUAUAUUUUGUUUUGACAUUAGAUACUUGAAAUGAAAGCCGAAAGUGAAAAUUUGUCUGUAAGCGUGUUGCGUAAGAGAUUACUAAUUUUUUUAUUAUUUUUGACUUAGUAUGUGCGUGAGGAUAUUGAAAUUAAUGAUUUGUUUAUAAAGAAAAGGUGGGGUGGUGGCAUUGGCUAAUUCAAUAUAAAUAUCUCUCUUAUUUGUAUAUAUUUACUAUAUUGCCCUUGUCGAGCGGCAAUAUGGUAUGUGCAUUCACGUGGCGAUUGGAUUGGAGGUGUUACGAGGUGAGGGAUGAGAUUGUCCAUCGUUAUCAGACAAUGAGUAUACUUGUAUUUAUAUCUUGGAUAUGAAAUCAGACAAAAUCAUGUUGUGCCUGUUUCAAUGGAUAGAUGAAUGAGGUGUAUUCACAAAUAAGUUACUCGAGUUUUCAAUGGUCAAAUGUGGUUUGACCAAAAUUUUAUGAUGUUUGAUUUUUAGGAUGGGAAGCAGUUUUAGUUUGAGAAUUAUAAUUUUAAGCUUUUGUAAUUAUAUUUAUCUUUCACAUUGAAGUUUUUUUAGAAGUCGCAAUAUACUUUGAUUAUUUAACUCA